GCCGCUCAGUAUAUCGAUAUACAGCAACAAAUGAAUUUGCUUGACCAAGUAACUGAUUUCAGUCAUCCUGAAUACAAGAUGCAGUCUGCAGACCUGAGCUGAAAGCAGCUGUUUGCUUUUGAUAUUUUGUUUCUGUGAGGAUAGAGCUUGGAGUGAAUGUGUGUGGAUGUUGAUAGUUUGAAUAUGGUAAUAACUCACUGAAAACGGUAGUAACACCCUGGAAAACUCCCUGGAACUCCCAUAUUACCUGAAGCACAAAUGUAGUGUAAGUAAAACCAUCCAGGGUAAAACCUCCUCCAAGCCAUCUAGUGGUGCUGCUACCAACGAAAUAUGUGCUGUUGAAGUCACAUGGCCACAGUGAAUAAAAUCUAAGGCGUGACGAAACAUUUUUUUCUCUGUAGCAACACAGAACAAGAGACUGUAUUAUUUUACGUUUUUUGGAAGAGACAUGUAGCCUAGUCAGAGAAUUAACGUUCGUUGAAUGAUAACAAUCCUGGCAACUUGCCGCACCCGAAAGAACGCAUACCUGGAUGCAUGCAAAGAUUGAAACACUGCAUCCCAGUUCUUGUUGAAGAAGCAGCUAGAGAGAAGCAGAGUCUGUCCAGACACUGACUCAGACUGAGUUCCAUCAGCUAACACGUGGAGGCCCUUCAGAAGAGACAAGAGGAAAACAAACUCACAGAGUCUCGGAGCUCUUUGGGACGAGAUUCAUUGUGCAGAGGAACAGCUAUUCACUGCGACACAGACAGAAUCAAGACAUUUUUUUUCCAGAGCCUGCAAGCUGUCUGCUCCAACACUCCAACUGAGCAUCAUGGAACGUGUGGACAGACGCACCCGGUUCCUCUCCCGUAUCUCGGAAGCCAAACCCGCCGAUCCUUCAGGCUCAGUCAGUAACACUGACAAGUCCCCACAGAUGAGAAUGGUGUCAGUCCGGCUGGAGGACUGUAGCCACAAACUGGGACCAAACGGAGUCUUUAUUGUGCAAGGGCCGGUGCAUCAUGCUGGGGUUGAGGACAGUGAUGAAGACGACGAUGAUGAUGGAGAUGGAAGAGAUAGCGAUUACAUCCCUGACAGUAAACGCCUCCAGUAUUGCUCUAGAGGGCGAGGCCGUGGCUCCUCCUCUGGGAAACGAACACACAAAGACCAGGGGACGUCGGCGAGCACAAGAAACUAUUCCUGCAACCGGUGCCGCAAGACAUUUUCUCAACUGAACCAUCUCAAACUGCACGAGAGGACGCACACAAAGAGGGCGUUCAUCAAAAGUCCGCGUGAAUCUGGCGGAAAAGGCAAGACCAAGUCGACCCCAAGCACGCCCUAUUCCUGUGAUCUGUGCAGUAAGACGUACUCUCAACUCAAUCACCUCAAACUGCACCAGAGAACACACAAAGGAGGACAAGAGAAGGAAAAGAGAAAGCCAAGUCAGACCCAGUCUAAUAAGUGUGACCUGUGCGGGAAGGUGUUUUCAAGCCAAGCCUACAUCAGCAUUCACAAGCGAAUACACACGGGCGAGAAGCGCUACAGCUGCAGUGUUUGCGGAAAAGCCUUCACCCAAGCUAGCGCUCGCACGGUACACCAGAGGAAGCACGACAAAGAGAGUUCCUCUUUGGCUGACGUUCGUCCCCAGCAGGGCCGCCAGAAGCGCUCAAAGCAGACUGUGGGGGGUGAUGACCAGCAAGCGCAGAGUGCAGAGAGUCUCGAAACUCCAAAGGACGCAGAAACACGUGGACGUGUUGAAAAUGGAGAAGAGUGCUCCCUGGACAAUGCCGUCCCUCAACAAGAGGAUGUUGCACAGUAACAGUUUCAAGAUUAUUAUUAUUAUUAUUAUUAUUAUUAUUAUUAUUAUUAUUAUUGUAUGUUUUCAUAGAACGUUAUUAUGUACACACAUUAUGUGUUCAAGGAAAGUGUCCUAUUAUGUUAUGUUAUUGGCAGGCUUUUUACCAUGCGAAGAUAUUCAUACAUUCAUACAAUUGUACACAUACAUACAUGUAAGUGGUAUUUGGUCCAAGAGAACAAGUACACCAGUCUUAGCAAACUUAUUUAAUGUAUAGUGUAACUAAAGUCCUGUUAGUUUGUGAUGUGUUGGUGUUAAAAUAAAACAUUUUAAAUUAAUCAUCA